GUAUUUGUAACGUUGUCUGCAAGUAUUGGGCUGUACUGAGACUAGGGCGCUAGCAUUCUUCUUCUUGUCAUUCCUCGCUAGGCUCCGUUUGCCUAGACGCGUCAAUAACAUCUGCGCUGCAAUGGACCUUCCAGCUGCUACUAUGAAGCGGAUUAUGCGGGAGCUAGCAGAGCUAUCGACGAGUCCGCCAGAAGGCAUCCGCGUUUUCAUGAAUGAGCAGAACCUGCUGGAUAUCCAAGCAGAGAUUGAGGGGCCACAGGGAACGCCUUUCGAGAACGGCAUGUUCCGCAUGCGGCUGACGCUCCCAACGGACUUCCCUGCGUCUCCGCCAAAGGGCUUCUUCAUCACCAAGGUGUUCCACCCCAACGUGUCAACGUCGGGUGACAUCUGCGUGAACGUACUGAAGCGCGACUGGACGUCGGAGACGACGCUACGACAUGUGUUCAUGGUCAUCCGCUGCCUGCUCAUCCAGCCCUUCCCUGACUCGGCGCUGAACGAGGAGGCGGGCAAGCUGCUGCUGGAGGACUAUGAGGAAUACGACAAGCGGGCGCGGCUGAUGACCAGCAUCCACGGCCUCAGCCAGGCCAAGCGGCCCACGCCGCUCACAACCAGCGGCGCCAACGCGGGCGGCGCUGCCGCUGGCGAGGGUGGCAAGAAGGAGGCGGGCGCAGGCGGCGAGGGGUCGUCACCGACGCUGAAGAAGGCGAAGAGCGAGGCGGCGGGCAAGGCGGCGGCAGGCGCGGCGGCCAGCGCAACCAUGGCCAAGGUGAAGAAGGGGCUGAAGCGGUUGUAGCAUGGGCGCGUGGGUGUGCGUGUGUUUCGUUGUUGCAUGAGAGCUGACGUCAUGAGCGGUGUGUGCGAAAUGACAUUGUGCGGUCAUGUGUGAGCGUGUGAGCUGACAUCCUCGCUGGACGAUUUUUGCGGGGGGCCAACCCCGGUCUGCCUCAAUGACCAACGAACUGCUUUACUAGGCAACGAGAGACGUGUGUUACUGAUGAACACUCAAGGGCCUCAGAUUAGGGCGGUAGGUAGAUACAAGGCGCGCUGAAGAGCGGCAUGUGCCUUAGGCAGGACCUUAGACAGCUGGCUGAUGGAACAGGUUGGGGUUGUGUGAGGGUGGUGGUGAAGCAUAGGCUGCAUCAACAGGUAGCCCGCAGGGUUACAUCGUGAUCCUAGGGCAUGACCCGACACGUAGUUGCAAGCUGAGGGACCAGGUAACGGGGCCACGCUACCCGGUCAUCAGAGCAAUCCUGGGCGCGUGAAGGUUAUUCCGCCCGGUUCUGGCCACGCAACCGCAUGUAUCCAUACGUGGUACUGUAUCCUACGUUCCAGUGGGGAGAACUGCUCCUUGCAGUGUCACUGCGGUGGGCUGGGGUGGUAGUAGCUGUAACCUGACCGCUCU